UGCUGUUAUAGUACCUUAACUUGAUCACUAUAAAAUAUAAAAUUAUGAUUUUACAUUAUUAUAAAAUAUGAUUAUACAUUAUUAUAAAAAAUUGCUUGCAAAACCUGGCAAAUUUAAUAGUAAACAAACAGCCAUGUGAUGAUCAUGUGACUAUGAAACGAAGACGGCAAUGUGACAAUGAGCUGCGGGAUGUGAAUUAUUAACUGAAUUUAUAUACUAAGAAAUCUAGAAUGGAACAAACAAUAAAACAUCGAGUUAAAUUGAAAGGCGACCCGUCAAAUUCAAGUCCGACUGAGAGAACACCAUUACUGCAGCCUGUUCAGGAUUCCAGCUUGGUAGUGUCAGAUGAAGGUGACUCGCAUUCUGUACUUUUCCAAGAAAGUCAGAACUCUUUUGGUGAAAGCUAUGGCUCCAUCAAUAGAAAAUUGUCAAUUGAGCUUGAAAAUUUGUUAUCACAGAAAUAUGAAAGUCUUGACUAUGAUAUUUGUGAAAAUUCCUUAUUUACAGAGCAGCAGAAUAAGAAGUCUGACCCUUUUUUUGAAGCAGAGAAUAGUUGUAUGCCAAAACUGCGUUGCAUAGAUGCCCCUACCAAAAUUUCAUUUAUGAGAUGGUUUGUAAUUUGUCUCAUAGGAAUAUUAACUGCUUUUGUUGCAGUUGCCAUAACAAUAGCCAUAGAAGAAUUAUCAACUUUGAAGUUCAAUUUCUUAAAGCAGAAAGUGGAUAACUGCACAAAUUACAGCUGCUUAUUAAAACCAUACUACUACUGGUUACUUUUUUCAGCUGUUCCAGUAGCUGUUGGCUCUGCUUUAGUAGUAUUUGUAGCACCAGUUGCUGCUGGAAGUGGAAUUCCUGUGAUCAAAUGUUAUUUGAAUGGCGUGAAAGUACCAGAGGUUGUGCGAUUAAAAACGCUGAUUGUUAAAGCUGUAGGCGUUAUAACGUCGGUAGUUGGUGGACUUGCUGUAGGAAAGGAAGGACCAAUGAUUCAUUGUGGUGCAGUUAUAGCUGCUGGAAUUUCACAAGGGAAAAGUACAUCUCUGCGUAAGAACUGCAAGAUAUUUGUGGAAUUUCGAGAGGAUCAUGAAAAGAGAGAUUUUGUUUCUGCUGGUGCUGCAGCUGGUGUUGCUGCUGCCUUUGGAGCUCCUGUUGGUGGUGUACUGUUCAGUUUAGAGGAAGGUGCUAGCUUUUGGAAUCAGUCCUUGACCUGGCGAAUAUUCUUCUGCUCAAUGGUAUCUUAUUUCACACUAAAUGCUGCCUUAAGUGAGUACAGUGGUCAUUUUGGACAAUUAUCUUAUCCAGGGUUGAUCAAUUUUGGAAAAUUUAAUAACCUGGAUUAUACAGUUGCAGAACUGCCAUUAUAUAUUAUCAUGGGUGUUAUAGGUGGAAUGUUGGGUGCGCUGUACAACCAGAUGAAUUAUGUUUUGACUGUUUUUAGAUUAAGGUAUGUAAAACACCCGUUAGCUCGCAUCUUUGAAGCAGUCAUGGUAAGCAUGGUUGGUGUCACAAUUGCAUUCCUUUCAACUUUUAUCAAUGAUUGCUAUCCAUAUGAAAAUUCCCAAGUGAAGUUCCCAGUAGAGUUGGCUUGUGAUAGUGGUCAAUACAAUACCUUUUGGUCAAUUUGGUUCCAGACUCCUGAAUCUUGUCUUCGAAGUUUACUGCAUGAUUCUGAAGGCACCUGGCAUGCUACUACUUUAUGUCUGUUUUUCUUUGCUUAUUUAUUCCUUGGUUGUUGGACAUAUGGUUUAAGCAUAUCCAGUGGACUUUUCAUUCCAACAUUAAUGAUUGGAGCUGCUUGGGGAAGACUUUUUGGACUUGGCAUUGCACAAAUAGGAGCAUUUUUUGGAUUCUCUACAGAUAGUCUCUGCUAUUCAAAAUUUGCUAUUGUUGGAGCAGCAGCAAUGUUAGGUGGAGUUGUUAGAAUGACCAUUAGCUUGACAGUUAUAUUAAUGGAAGCCAUUGGCAAUAUAACUUUUGGAUUACCUCUCAUGAUGGCUGUUAUGACUGCCAAAUGGAUUGGUGAUUUAUUCAAUGAGGGUGUGUAUGAUAUUCAUAUUCAACUAGCAAGUGUGCCUUUCUUAGGAUGGGAACCACCUCCAUAUUCAUAUACCAUAUAUGCAACCGAAAUAAUGAGCUAUCCAGUUGUUUGUUUCAAGAGUAUUGAAAAUGUUGGAUAUAUUGAAGAUAUACUGAAAACAGAAUCACAUAAUGGUUUCCCAGUUGUUGAUGUAACUCAGGGCUUCUGUGAUCGUGUACAUACAUUUGGAAAAUUUCAAGGAAUGAUUUUAAGGUGGCAAUUAAUAGUUCUACUUCAGCAUAAGGUUUUUAUUGAAACUUCUGAGACUUCACAAGAAAAAAGACUGUGUUUGAAAGAUUUUAGAGAUUCUUAUCCACGGCAUCCAACCAUACAACAAAUUCAUAUAUCUCCACAUGAAAGGAAUUAUUCAAUAAAUUUAAAACCAUACAUGAAUAUUUCUGCAUAUACUAUUUCAGAGAAAGCCUCAUUACCUCGAAUUUUCAGAUUAUUCAGAGCUCUUGGUCUUAGGCAUCUACCUGUAAUUGAUGAUAAAAACUCGGUUGUUGGAAUUGUGACCCGGAAAGAUAUUGCAAGGUUUAGAGCAAGGAAAGAUGGAAAAUAUGGCUUGGAAGAACUACAGGUGUCAUAUGCGUGAAAUAAUUUCAGGUUUUCCAAUAUGAGUGAAAACCGCCCAUUGUCAACCCAAAAAAAAAAAACUUUUUUAGUUAUUUAUAUAAAGCAGAAGAUCUAGGAUCUUGAUUUUUUAUGUUCUAUUUAAUAUUUUAAAUGCCCCACAUAUUGUAUUUUAAAAUUUUAGUACUUUUAUGUAAUAUAAACGUUUUUAAAUGCUUUAAAGUUUGUAAAUAAAGGCAAGGCAUGUAUAAAUUA